AUGGAUCCAACUACUCAGACAAACACCCCCUCAGUUCUGAAAUUAAUGGCAGACUCUUUCGCAACCUCGCAGACACAAGCACAGAGAGGAACUACCACCCGUACCCCUGCCGUGACAGAGGUCACGGCGAAGAAGAGAGAAGAGCCUUCCACUACUCCUGCUCUAAGUACAGACCUAAGUGAUUGGGAUAUCCCUAUCAGCCAAAUGAGAAAAAGAAUGAGAUUACUCCCUACUGCUGCUGAUGAUGAGGAUCCUUCCACUUCUCCUCAACACAUUCAUCCAAUUCCCAGUCCCACCAGCAAUGUACCCAGAGAACCCACUGUACAACCAACUCCACCACCACCUGAAGUAUCUCAACAAACUUCCUUACAACCUGCUUCACAGUCUUCGUCACAGCAAUGUACACAAUCUGCAUCACAACAUCCUUUCACUUCUCCUCAACACAUUGAUCCAAUUCCUAGUCCCAUCACCAAUGUACCCAAAGAACCCACUGUAGAACCAACUUCGCCACCACCUCAACCAUCUCAACAAACUUCCUUACAACCUCCUUCACAAUCUUCGCCACAACAAUCUACACAAUCUGCAUCACACAAUCCUUCACAGCUAGAACCUCCUCUUAUUGCUCUCAAGGAUGUCACAGUUGGGGCUGUCCCGAUGGAGGUUGAUUACCCAGGAGGCACUGAGCCUAUUAUUGUCCCUUCUGUCUUUAGCCCUCAACCAUCACCAUCCAACCCCUCCAAUUCCCAAACUUCAAACAAAGAAUCAGAGAGGAUUGAUUUUGACAUUUCAAUCAACAGCCAAUCCUCUCCAACAGAUGGCAAUACAAAAUCCCCUCAACCAGAAGUUCACAACAACCAAGGGAUGGACAUAAUACACGACUCAUCUCCACGACCAAUGUCUGAGAAAGAACUUGAAGGUCCUUAUGACUUUCCCCUGUUAGCAGAACCAGAAAAAGAGCCUGAAGGCGCUGAUGCUGCUAUUUCAUCAGUACCCGAAACAACUCCUCCUGCUGCCACAACCAUAGCUGAACAAGGCCAACCGUCUGCGCGCACGUUAUCAGGACAGGCUAUCGUUCCAUUUGAAGAAAUCAUUCUCCACAAACCUGAUGAAACCUUGGCCUGUCUUUCUGCUAUUCUAAACCUCUCCCCUAAUCCUUUCAACCCUAUUCAACUAAAGCAAUUAGCCAAGAUCAUCGCGGAAUGGCCAACCCUUUCAGAGAUGGUUCAGACUUGCUCGAAGGAUAUUCAAACCAAAAAUGAUUUCCUAAACGAAGCCCAUACCAUAUCUACUUCACUCAAACUCAGCCAGAAAACCUCUGCAGCCAUUCUUGACCAACACUCAGCACUUGAACUUGAGGAAACCAAACUCCUGGCAGAACUUGCCUCUAUCCGGCAAAGAAAGGCUCAUCUGCAGCAGCAACAUGACCAGCUUAAUCAAGAAACAAGGAUGAUGCUCUCCCAAAUUAGACAUCGUUCUGCAUCAAUUCAGACAACUAAAGCUGAGUUGGACCAAGCCCAAGCCAUGCUGGCAGAUGCUCAAUUAGAAUGGGGUGUUCUAGCCAUUCUCUUCCCCAAAUCCUAG